AUUGGUAAGUAAAAAUAGGUAAACCUGAUGAGGUAUGUAGAGCUAUAAUCUAGUCGAGUCCAAAAAACGUAAGUAUUAUAGGUCUAGUUUUGUAACAUAUCCAUUUCCGACAUGGCUCUCCAUAUAAGUAUUUGGAAAAUACAAGGCACAAGUCUGUUCAUUUACCAAUGAACACCUAUGUUCUUAUAAAUUAUUGAUUUUAAGAACAAUUUUUUUCAGAUGGAACUAGUUGAAGUACCAAAAGGUACUUAUUAUAUUUCACCCGAAAAUUUCAUCUUCAUCAAAGAUAAACAGGCAUCAAGAGGCAGGACAUAUUUGAAAUGUCAAGAUCCAUUGUGCUCUGCCAGAAUCAUAAUGCAGGAGGGUCAGCAAUGGAUUUUGAGAAUGUGGUUUUAGAGCGGAGAACCAUUUGGCUGAUUUGGUCCUGCUUCAAGAUAUUCGGCUAAAAAGUAUCUUAGCAUUCAGAAGCAGGACCGAAACAUCAACUCUCCUUCAUAUAUUUAUGGAGGAAGAGAUUCGCCACAAUGAGGCAUCAUUGAGGCUCACAAAUGGGUUCCUCAGUGUAAAACCGAUGAUGCAGCGGGAAAGGAGGAAAGUGCAACCUCCCAUACCAGCUACAUUGGAGGAUGCUGCUGGCUAUUUGGCAAAUGCAUCAUAUCGGAAAUAUUCAUUAGAAUUGGGGCCACAACAGAGACCAUUCUUCGAUGGCAUCAGGGAUGGAUGUCUCUUUUUUGUGUCCCCUGGUAUUUUAAGAGAGGCAAUUGAUGGGAAUAGUCUCCACUUGCACAUGGACGCGACAUUUAAAAUUGUGCCCAGAGCAGGUGGAGCCCAUCAGUUGUUCAUAAUCCAUUGGAUGAGGGAUUACACGGCAUACCCUGUGGUGUUUUGUAUGAUGCCAAACCGCACCAGGGAAACAUACACUGGGGUACUGCGAUACACCAGGCAACUAUUUGGCGCCUCCCAUAUCUCCUCUGUCCUUUGUGAUUAUGAGGUGGCCCUGAGACAUGCAGUUCGAGAAGUGUUUGCUGGAAUUUCCUUGAGGGGUUGCUGGUUCCACUUCGCAAAAAAUGUAUUUCUCAAAGCUCGCCAAAUGCAGGGGAGAGUUCCUUUGAAUUGGACAGCCCAUGAAUCGGACGCUACAGUUUUCUACCACACCCGUUAGUAAUUUAGCAUCUUUUACGUAAAUCCCAUUUUCUCAACAUCGAUCGACAUCUCU